GGCCAGUCGACCUUCUAGCUAACAGCAAGGCAGCGUGCAAACGCGCCGUCUCUCCUCGCAUGUCCAUCCUUGGCGGCGCCCUCUCCGCGCUGAGCCGCCCAGCACUGCGUGGCUCGUUCCAGCCACUCUCAAACGGCCUGUGUCGGAACCUCCGAGCUAACAUUGCAAGCCGGUUAACGCUGGGAGCGUCGCGUUUUAUAUCGCGUUCCGCGACCUCGAAUAUCAAACCACAGCAUCUUCCCGGCCUUCGGAAACCCCUCGAGUCUCGGUUCUUCUCCGCCAACGGCACCUUCGCGCCUGCAGAGGCCUCGCUUGCGCCCACCCUCGCUCCUCCGGCUGUAGGCCGUUGGCUCUUAGCAUCUUCCGCACUUGUCUUUGGAGUUAUCGUUGUUGGUGGUGUGACUAGACUUACAGAGUCUGGGCUUAGCAUAACGGAGUGGCGGCCGAUUACUGGAGUGCUUCCACCGUUAUCGUUGGAGGAAUGGACGGCCGAGUUCGAGAAGUAUCAGGCAACUCCGGAAUUCAAACUGCUCAACCACUCGAUCACGCUCGAUGAAUUCAAGAAGAUCUUUUUCUGGGAAUGGAGCCACAGGGUCCUGGGACGGGUGAUUGGCGUAGGAUUCGUCGUUCCGCUCGCGUACUUCGCCUUCCGGAAGAAGCUGUCGCGGUCGAUGCCGCUCCAGCUCACCGGGAUGGCGCUGCUGUUGGGCGCGCAGGGCUUCCUCGGCUGGUACAUGGUCAAGUCUGGACUGGAGGAGUCUAUCAUGACGACGCCCGGAGCGGUCCCUCGCGUUUCUCAGUACAGGCUGGCUGCUCACCUUGGGACGGCGUUCGUGCUUUAUUGCGGCAUGUUGGCUUCGGGGCUGGCGGUUAUCAAGGACUGGAAGUUUUCCAAGUCGGGUAUUUGGAGCGGGUCGAAGACUGUGUCGUGGCAGGAGGUGACCUCGAAUCCGGCUGUGAGACGGUUCAUGACGAGGUCGAAGCUCUUGACGGGUCUCGUGUUCUUGACUGCCCUUUCUGGUGCAUUUGUUGCUGGCCUUGAUGCAGGACUUGUGUACAACGAGUUCCCUUUGAUGGGUGGACGUCUUGUACCUCCUACUGAUGAACUCUUCGCGACGGCUUAUGCCAAAAGCGCGGAUGGCUCUGACUUGUGGAGAAACAUCUUUGAAAACCCUACAACGGUCCAGUUCAACCACCGAGUUUUGGCCACUGCUACCUACAUUAGCACUUGGCUGCUCUGGGCGCAGAGUAGAAAUCCUGCAAUGCGUGCCGUGCUGCCUCCUCUUGCUCGUGUGUCUAUCAACGCUGCCCUCGCCAUGGCCAAUGUUCAAGUCCUUCUGGGUCUUGCUACACUUCUCUACAUGGUACCCAUACCCAUCGCAGCAUCACAUCAAGCUGGCAGUGUCGCAUUGCUGAGCACUAUGGUUCAUCUGCUUGUAUCGCUCCGUCGACCUGGUAUGGCUGCACGGUGGUGGAGGACUGCAGGAGCUCAGGCGAGCAAGACGAAAUCAUAGGUUACUUGUUAUCUUUUAGUCUGUUUUUUUAGCAUGUUAGAAUAGUCGUACAACUCCACUCAUUACUAGUAACUCUGCAUCACUACUUAAAACGCAUUAGUUGAAGUAAAG